CCCAGUGCAUCAGACACCACACGCGAAAAUGCCGAUGUUGCCCAACUCCUUCACCACCUCCUCCUCAUGGCAAUCACACCAACAUGCGUCCUCGAUUUGCACUAACCAAGAACUGGACUACGACCAUCCUUACUACUUCGGCAUUGAGGAGGUGGCCGUGGACGCCGACGAACUGGAGCUCGGCCUCCGGGCUCACAAGGCGACCAGGGUCGACUACCUCAGCUCGCCGUACCAGGCGUCUUGGCCACCGGCGCAGGCCGACCUCGAGUCGUCGCGCGUCAGGAAGACGAAGCAGUUCCGGGACGUUCUUGAGACCUGCAAGCAGAAGGUGGAAGCCAUGGAGGCCAUGGAACGGUCGUCAUCGCCGGUCGGCAGUGGCGGGUUCGAGGAACAAGGUGAGGCGGUGGUCGCCGUGGACGACGUCCGGGCCGGUGGUGAUGGCAGCGGAGCUGAUGGCAUGCGGCUCGUGCAGCUGCUGGUCGCCUGCGCCGAGGCCGUGGCGUGCCGCGACCGCGCGCAGGCGGCGGCGCUGCUGCGUGAGCUGCAGGUCGGCGCUCCCGUGCACGGCACGGCGUUCCAGCGCGUCGCGUCGUGCUUCGUGCAGGGCCUGGCGGACCGGCUAGCCCUGGCGCACCCUCCGGCCCUGGGCCCGGCGAGCAUGGCGUUCUGCGUCCCGCGGUCGUCGUGUCUCGACGGGGCGCGCGGCGAGGCGCUCGCCGUGGCGUACGAGCUGUGCCCGUACCUGCGCUUCGCGCACUUCGUGGCGAACACGUCCAUCCUGGAAGCCUUCGAGGGAGAGACCAACGUCCACGUGGUGGACCUCGGCAUGACGAUGGGCCUGAACCGCGGCCACCAGUGGCGCGCCCUGCUCGACAGCCUUGCCACACGGGCCUGCGGCAAGCCGGCGCGCGUUCGCGUCACCGGCGUCGGCGCCCGCGUGGACACCAUGAGAGCCGUCGGGCGCGAGCUCGAGGCGUACGCGGAGGAGCUCGGGAUGACCCUCGAGUUCAUGGCCGUCGACCGCACCCUGGAGAGCCUCCACGUGGACGACCUCGGCGUCGAGGCCGACGAGGCCGUGGCCAUCAACAGCGUCCUGGAGCUGCACUGCGUGGUGAAGGAGAGCCGCGGUGCGCUCAACUCGGUGCUGCAGACCAUCCGCAAGCUCUCGCCGAAGGCGUUCGUGCUCGUGGAGCAGGACGCCGGCCACAACGGGCCCUUCUUCCUGGGGCGGUUCAUGGAGGCGCUCCACUACUACGCCGCGCUGUUCGACGCCCUCGACGCGGCGCUCCCGCGCUACGACGCCCGGCGCGCGCGCGUCGAGCAGUUCCACUUCGGCGCCGAGAUCCGCAACGUGGUCGGGUGCGAGGGCGCGGCGCGCGUGGAGCGCCACGAGCGCGCGGACCAGUGGCGGCGCCGCAUGAGCCGCGCGGGCUUCCAGGCCAUGCCCUUCAAGAUGGCGGCCAAGGCGCGGGAGUGGCUGGAGGAGAACGCCGGCGGCAGCGGAUACACCGUGGCCGAGGAGAAGGGAUGCCUCGUGCUUGGAUGGAAGGGCAAGCCAGUCAUCGCCGCCUCGUGCUGGAAAUGCUAGACGCCGAUCACUGCUGCUCGCCGCCCGGCCGCUUUCGGAACACUUUCACUUCUGGCAAGUGCCGCAGUGUACGUGGUGGUGGGCGCCGUGGAGGUGUUCGCGUUCAUCGGGCAAAUGGAGUUCUUCUACGAGCAGGCGUGGGACGCCCUGCGGAGCGCGGAUCUCCUGCGCGGCGAUCGCGCUGUUCAAAUACGCGAGCUCGGCGCUUCUCCCUCUUGUGGUGGAUCCCGACGACAUCAACGAUGGUCACCUGGAGUCCUGGACUACUUCUUCGCCACGCUGUGCGUCGGCAACUUCCGCGCGUACCUGCCCUUCGCAUGGUGGCACAACAGCAAGAAGACUGCUGAUUGCUUGUGUACCAAUAAAUUUCGAACGCUUGGUGAUUAGUCAGUACUUCCUCUAUCCGGGUUUAUAAGUUGGACACAUAUUUUAACGUC